AUGAAUAUUUCUAAAAGAAUAAUAAAUUAUUUUUGUGUAGUAGGAACAGGAAAUAAUCUAAUUCCCCAAAAUACUGAAUGUUAGUAGUGUACAAUUAUCAUUCUCAAACAUAGAGCAUAUAUUAACAUCUUUAGAAAUAUAUAUAGAACAAUUAGAAGAGGAUAUUUAGAUUAAAGAUAACGAAAUCUGGAUAGAUCUUUGUGGUAAUAAACAAGUCUGGUUGAAAUGCAUUUAUGAUUAAAAUUCUUAACCAAUAACAUCCCUAUCUAUCAAAGAGUUUAAAUUUGAAGAAAAUGAAUUAGUAUUUGAGUUUUAUAAUAAUGCAGAAAAUACCAUUAACAGAAGACAUCUAUCCUGUGCCAAUUAAAUAUAAAUCCGAUAAGAUCAUACAUCAAUUAAAAGGAAUCAAAAAUGGAUACUCUCUAUAUUAAGGAUCUUAUGAUAUAUCCUAAUAUAUUGAUUAACAAAAAUAAACAAUUGAUUAUCAUGUUGUUUUAUGCUAUCAGACAUAGAAUUAUUAUUAACCUAUUUGUGAUAUACGAAUAAUAUUAGCAAAUAAAACUGAUAAAAAGAAAUAUACAUCUUCAUUUAGUGAUAUGAGUUUAGUAAUUCCAAAGGAUUUUAAUAUAUUACAAUUUCCAUUAAGAAAUUUUCGUUUUAUCAUUUUCAAAUUAAGUAAUCUAUAAAAUUUAUUUAAGAAUAAUCCCCAUUUAAAGUAGCUUACAUGCCUAAAAUCAUUGAUAGAUAUCCUCUUGUAGAUCAUCAUGAAAGUCCAUUGUCUCACAUGACAACUAUGAUUCCUAUGGUAAUUUAGAAAUUUUAAUUUUAGUUUUGCUUUCCAUAAGGCAUAUAACUAGAAAAAAGUGAAAUAGAUCCUAUUUCUAAGGGUUAAUAAAUCUUUAAUUUUGUAUUGACAUCAGAAACUGGAGAGAGAACUUAUUGUAUUUGUUUAAUAUUUCAUGAAAUAAUCCCUUAAAUUAUAUUAGAAUAGUUGGAAUAUAUAGAUAAACAAUAAUUAAUUUGUUAUCCUAAAGCAUUAUGUUUAUUGAGUUCUUAUAAUCAUUUUGAAUAAAUGAAAGAAUUAAUUAAAUAUAUAUAUAGAUGUUCACUCACUAAAAGUAACAUCCCAAUUGAGAGUAAGAUCUGUAAUAUCAUAAAUAAGAUUAAAUUACCUUAAUAAAUCUUUGAGCAAGAAAAUAUAUGCUUAAAAUAUGUAUUGCCUUCAUAGGAUAUUAGUUUUCAUAUUAAUUACAAAUACCCUAUUGGUUAUAAAGAAUCUUUAGAAUGUUUAUUUAGAUUAUUGGAUAUAAAUAAAAUUAUUAAUAUUUAUAGUGCAAUUUUAUUAGAGUAGAAGAUUCAUUUUAUUUCUAAUCAUUUGUCAGUGCCUGGAUUAGUUAUUGAUGCAUUUUUACAAUUAUUAUUUCCAUUUAAAUUUACUUCUAUUUUGAUUCCAGUCUUACCUGAUAGUUUAAGAGGCUACAUUGAAGCUCCAGUUCCAUUUUUAAUUGGAUAUAGCUAAAAAAAUAUAAUAGAGCAAAAUUAACAAAUUUAAGUUGAUAGUUUAUAUGUUUAUAUGGAUACAAACUUUAUUGUAAAUUAUGAAAAUUAAACUUUAAUACCUGAAAAAGCCUUAAAGAAACUUAAAUCUAAAUUAAAGCCAUUUAAUAAUUUAUAUAAUGAUAACUAUUCAAAAUAAUACUUAAAAAGAAUAGAUUAAGCAUAUCAUAUUUAUAUGGAUGAUGAAAAUUAUGAUCCUGAAUUCAAUAAAAAUAUAGAUUGGUAUUAAAUUAGAAAUGCAUUUUUAAAAUGUAAUAGUAUUUUAAUGAAACAAUAUAAAAAAUAUAUAAUACCAAAUUAAAAUAAUGAAGGUAAUUUUAAUGAAAUAUUCAAUGUUCAAGGAUAUUAAGAUUAUUGGAAGAAAGAUACAUUUAUAUAAUAAUUUAUGGAUACUAGAAUAUUCCAAUAUUUUAUUUAAGAACGUAUAACAUUCAGUGAGAAUGAAUCAUAAUAUUAGUUUUUUGAUAAUUAUAUAUGUAGCAAAGAUCAAAAAUUAAAUUUCAUUCACCCAAAAUAAAAAAUUGAAAUUAAAGUUUCAGAUGAUAACAUACUUACUAAUUAAAUUCACAAAUAUGAUCAAUUUCCUAUAUUGAAUCAUAAUCUUAUGAAGUACGAUUUAACAGAUGAAUAAGAAAUAAAAUAAGAGAUUAUAUAAGAAACUAUUCCUUAAUUGGAUUAGAAGAAAUGGUCAAAAUAUAUGCUUGAAACCAUUUACAAAAUUUGGUUCUUAAUUUUUAUUAUUUAUGUAAGAAAUAAUCAAGAAAAUAAUAUAUACCAAUAUAUGACUGAAUUAGCAAUCUUAGUAUUGGAAUAUAUGCAAAAUAAACAUUUAAAUUUAUCUGAAAAGUUAUUCAGAUAUGUUUUAGAAUCAUGUGGUUAUUUUCAAAUGGAUUAGAAGGCCUUGUAUUUGGUAAAAUUAAUGAAAAAAAUCAAGAUUGAUGCCUCACCAGCAACUCAUGGGAUUUAUUUCUUAGCUGUAGCAUAAGCAAUGAAUAGAAGAGGAUUACCUAGUAAUCAACUAUAAUAGUCAUAAAUACUUUAAAAAGAUGUAUCCUUAUUAUAAAAAAAGGAUUCAUAAAAUACUUAAUGUAAUUAUUUCUAUACUUUACAAUCUACUUGUUCUAUUUGUAAACGUGAAUUACAUUUUGAAGAGAUUCUAGAUUCUUAUCGAAAGAGUUAGUACGAGAAUGUUAUAGAAUGUUUGAAAACAAAUUAAGGUUGUGGAUAAGAAUUUAUUCCAAAAAUUCAAAUUACAUUCUAGAAGGAAGAAAAUAUAAUUGAGGCCGAAUUAUAUGAGAUCUAUAAUCCUAUACAAAUACUCAAGAAUGUAGAGAAUAUUAUAAACAAUAAAGGAGAAUCUUUCUUAUUGAGUGAUUUGUUUGAAAAAUAGUACAAGAAUUUAUAUGUUAACAUUAUAUUUUAUAUCAGACUUGUGAAAUUGCCCUGUAGUCAUUUACUUAAAAACUAGAGUACAAAUGAAUUAAAAAAUGAAAUUGAUUAAGCUAUUAAGAAAUUUUAAUAGAAGUAAUCUUAAAACAUCUUGUAAAGAGUGACUUAAGAGUUUGAUUAAUACAGAGGAAAAUUAUCUCAACAAGGGGAUUUAUUAGGGAAUUCAAGUUCCAAAUUUAAGUAAGAGGAUUAAAUGGUAUCAUAAAAUUAUGGUAGCAAAUACAUGAGAAAAAUAUUCUCAUCAUUAAUUAAUGAUUAAUUUUCACUUUAGAAUAAACGAUAGAGUUCUUUAAAUGUAGAAAUCUGA